UCCAAAAUCCACCAAAAAUAAAACCAAAAACCCAUCCACCCCCCAGAAUUCCGACGCCACUCGCCGGCCGCCGGAGCGAGCGACGCCCAACAGCACCUUCAGCAACCCGAGCCUCCCCAUCUCCACUCAACCCAUCACGCUUUGCCGCCAUCCGCCGCCGGCGCUGCGCCGCUUGCUCGUCGCCUCCCGGAGCAGGCCCGGGGGGACCACCGGGAACACCACUCCGUGCCUGGUGGUGUCUUCUCUUCGCUCCUCUUCCAGCUCUCCGGUUCAACCGCGCGCCGGAGCGGGGUUGAGGAAUCCAGAUGCUGUUCUGUUGCCCUCUCUCGCCCCCACUAUUCCAGCCGGGCAGCAUCUCGCGGAGGAUACGCAGCUCCGGCGAGCACAAGAGCAAUAAGAAGGUCGAGCACCAAUACUCCAGGGCGCAAUCUUCCGGGGCUAAGGUACAAUCUUUCCGUCCGGAAACGCACCCAGCUGAUGGCUACUGCCCUCCGGAGCAAGACCCUGAGGCGGACUCGGCAGGUUCCCCGGACGUCGAUGCGCUGGCCUCCAGGUUACCUUCUUGCGGCAGCGUGGCUGAUGUCCGGAAAGUGCACGGCGUUGCCUUGCGGUCUCCUGAUGCUCCUCGGAUUCUUGUGGCCAAUAAUUUGAUCAGCUCCUAUGUGAGGUUCAGAGAGAUUUCAGACGCGAGAAAGGUGUUCGAUGGAAUGACCGAGAGGAGCGUGGUGUCGUGGACGGCCAUGAUGAAUGGGUACCAGAAAUCAGGCGACUACACCGAGGUCGUCAGGCUUUUCUUGGACAUGGUACGCAGUGGAGUGCGAGGUAACAGCUUGAGUUUUGUUUGCCUGUUGAAAUCCUGCGGCGGACAGCGCAAUGCUAAGCUAGGGCGGCAGGUUCACUGCUGUGUUGUGAAAGGAAGGUGGGGAAAUGUGAUAGUUGACAGUGCCCUCGUUCACUUCUAUGCUCAGUGCGGUGAUCUUGCCAGUGCUUUGAUGAUGUUUGACAAGAUGGCGUCCCGGGAUGUCAUCUCGUGGACAACAAUGAUCACGGCUUAUGUGCAGCAGGGGCGCGGGGAUAAAGCCCUUCAGAUGUUUCCAGAGAUGGUCUCGGAAGGAUUUCUCCCUAAUGAGUUCACUGUGUGCAGCAUCCUCAAGGCUUGCGCAGAGGAGAAGGCUUUACGAUGCGGGAAGCAGCUGCAUGGUGCCGUUGUCAAGAAAUUGUACAAAGAUGACAUCCAUGUCGGCAGUGCUCUUGUUACCAUGUAUGCCAGAAACGGCGAAGUGUUUGAUGCUCAGGCAGUGUUUGAUAUGAUGCCCAGAAGAAACACCAUUACAUGGACUUCUUUGAUUUCUGGCUAUGCGCAAAGUGGCCAUGGUGAAAAGGCUAUCUUGUUGUUUCGACAGAUGAAGAUGCGCCAAGUGUCUGUUAACAACCUCACCAUUGUUGGUCUUCUUAGUGCAUGUGGCUCUGUACGAUCGCUCUGUCUGGGUAAGGAACUGCAUGCACAUAUAAUAAAGAAUUCCAUUCAAGAGAAUCUUCAAAUUGGGAGUACGCUUGUUUGGUGCUACUGUAAAUGUGGAGAGUAUACGUAUGCUGCACGAAUUCUAGAAGAAAUGCCUGACCGCGAUGCUAUCUCCUGGACAGCUAUGAUUUCGGGCUACAAUAGUGUUGGUCAUAGUGCUGAAGCUCUUAAAUCGUUAGAUGAUAUGGUAUGGGAUGGUGUGACACCAAAUACCUACACCUAUUCCUCAGCUUUGAAAGCAUGUGCAAAACUCGAGGCUCUGCGAGAUGGAAGGAGGAUUCACGGUGUUGUUAACAAGACUCCUGCUUUCUUAGAUGUCUUUGUGGGAAGCUCAUUGAUAGAAAUGUAUAUGAGGUGUGGCAAAGUUGACGAAGCUCGACGAGUCUUUGACGCCAUGCCAGAACACAACCUGGUAACAUGGAAAGUGAUAAUUACAGGGUUUGCUCAGAAUGGCCUCUGUGAAGAGGCUUUUAAGUACAUGUACCUGAUGCAGCAAGAAGGACACAAUGUUGAUGACUUUAUGCUUUCCAAAGUUCUGACAUCAUGUGGCAAUCUUGACUGGGAGUCGGAUGACAUCUCUCUAUCUGGCUCGACUACUGGUUCAGUUGGAUAGGUUAAUAUUCCAGUCAGAGCUAAAUUCUGGUGCUCCUGGGCAGGUUCUCAGGACAGCCCAAGAAGUUUGAUUGCAUGAGGACCUAUACGCAUUUGUCAAUGGUACCAAGCUGAGGGGGAAGUGGAUGCAAACGAUACCAAAGCAAUUGGGGAAGGGAGUAACAAGAUUUUUUUUUGUGCAUGUUGGUCCCAAGAUUGACACUCGUGCUGAACCAAAGACAGAAGGUUGUGGAUCCACUUGUAAGCUUGCGAGGGAAGAAGAUAGUGGUUUGUGAGAGAAGGUCAAAGGGAGGCAGUAAUUUAUUUAGUAAACGGUCUUGCCUUCAAGAAAGAAGGGGUGCUAAACGCCGGAAUGGGGAACAAAAACUUCAGUGGACAUCUGCUGUGACAGAUAAUACACUUUGGAUGGCCUGGUUGUGCAAAAUCAACAGAAAUUAUGAUUAUAUAAACAGAUUGUGCUAGUAUCCUAGUAGUACAGGUACAAUACUGCUACAUUGAGGGAACCUCCACUAACCAUUUUCUUUUGAUUCCCUUUGAAGCCAUGUAUACCAUCAAUAGCUUAACUAGAUUAAUUACAUACAGAUUUUGUUGUGUUC